AUGCUUUAUAUAAUAGGAUUAGGAUUAUGUGAUGAAACAGAUAUAACAGUUAAAGGUUUAAAUGCAAUCAAAUCUUGUGAAAGAGUAUAUUUGGAAUCUUAUACUAGUAUAUUAAUGAUUUCUCGAGAAAAAUUGGAAGAGUUUUAUGAUAAAAAAUUAAUUCUUGCCGAUAGAGAAAUGGUAGAAUCUCAAAGUGAUGAAAUUUUAUUAAAUGCAGAUGUAAUCAAUGUAGCUUUUCUAGUAGUCGAUUUAGUUAUACGAGCACGAGAAUUAAAUAUUUCGAUUACAAUAAUUCAUAAUUCAUCUAUAAUGAAUGCAAUUGGAGAAUGUGGAUUACAACUUUAUAAUUUUGGACGAACUAUUUCUAUACCAUUUUUCACGGAUAUUUGGAAACCCGAUAGUUUUUAUGAUAAGAUUAAAGAAAAUAAAAAUAUCAAAGUGAAAGAACAAAGUAAUGAAAAUUUAGCAAGGGGUAGAAAAAUAUAUGAACCACCUCGAUUUAUGACAGUAAAUCAAGCAAUUCAACAACUUUUAGAAAUUGAAGAAAUUCAUAAAAAACAAGUAAUAACUCCCGAAUCAUUAGCAAUCGGAAUUGCUCGUCUUGGAUCAACUACGGAUUAA